AUGGAAUUCAAUUCGCCUCGCCCAGAACACGCUCAAUUGCAGGGCCCUGGCACAGUCGUGCACCCUAAGGGCACCUCAGCCAUACUAUCAACUUUAAACAACAGAAUCCUGGCCUCCAGCACAAAUAGGAACUCUACAGAUACCACUGCUGGCACCAACUCCAACAACAACGGCAGCAAUAUCGAUAUUAUUAACACCUCUGUGGAUCAUGCAAAUACUAAUCGCACCGGUAACAAUGGCAACCAAAAUAAAAAUAAUAACCAUCUCCCAGAAAACACAGCGUCACGUGACGUGAUACUAGGCGAUGGAUUCACACUGGUUGCCCCAAGGCCCGUUAACGGACGCGAUGCAUCCCUGUACGAACCAAUUGACGAGUACCUGAUCCCAUCUCCACCGCUAUCUCCUAUGGAAGGCGAUGCACAGACCUACACACAACAUGUUCCACGCUGCUCUUCUACGAAUGACGGGUCCAUCGUUGGCAGAAGCACCGAUGUAGAACAGGCUGUCACAGAAGAUCAACCUAGAACCAUCGCUAUUAAAGACAAUAAGAACAAUAACGGUAUAGUGGUAAAAGGUGUAUGGGAUAACUACGCCAGUAACGGAGGUUCUAAGAGAUACCAGUUGCACAUCAAUGCUUUUUUGUCUCAAUACAAGGUAUUGAAGCCAAUGUUCUCGAGAUCGAACAGAUCCGGAUCUUCCGGCUCUGCCAGUACACGCUACACCAGAAGGACAAGAACAUCGAACAAAACAUACGCUUCCAAUUCAGACUUUGAAAAGGUGUAUAGAACUAGACGCGCCACUAGUGGAACUGCAAGUGCCAAACAAGGCGAGUCUUCCGACGAGUCUCCAGCUGUUCCAUAUGUGUCCAGGUCGGUUACCCCAGUUCCAAGAAAAAAGGUUGUGCAGCAUCAUCCAUCUCCAUUAUCGCACUCCUCAAUAUCGCAUCACCAUCCUACUAAUCACCAUCAUCACACUGUAAGCAUGUCAUGGGAAAAAUUGCCAGACUAUUCACCACCUUUGGAUACUCUUCCAAACAACAAUAAAUGUUUGAAGGUUGAUUGGAAGGGUUCCUCUAUGGACCUAUCAAAUGACCCAUUAAAACACAAACUACAUCCUGCUGAAUUGGUACUGGCCCAGAUUCUUCGGCUUCCUUGUGAUCUAUACUUGGACUCGAAGAGGAGAUUUUUCAUGGAAAAGGUUCAUCGUUUGAAACAAGGCAUGCCUUUUAGAAGAACAGACGCUCAGAAGGCUUGCAGAAUCGAUGUUAACAAAGCUUCUAGGCUAUUUGCCGCUUACGAAAAGAUUGGUUGGCUACAGGAUUCGCAUUUCAAGAAAUUUUUGUAA